AUGGCGGAUUCUGAAUUUUCAGAUUAUGAAUCCGAGGGAAGGGCUCCAAAAAAGCCUAAAAUUAAAACAAAAAAGUAUAAACAAAAAUUUCGAGCGGAAUGGACAAAAGAUCCUGCUUUUAAACAUUGGCUUGUUGCACCAAAAAACGCGAACGACGAACCAUCAUGCUGCAAAAAAAUUUCGUGUUCGAAAACUGCUCUUAAAAGACACAGGGAGUCAGCUCACCACAAGCAACCUUUCCCAAAUCCAUCAAACCAGGUCAGCAUUCAAGUUAGUCUUCAAAAACAAGAGAAUACCAGCUCAUACAAAGAGACCACUACAGUUCAAUUGGCUGCUUUCAUCGCCGAACACAAUCUACCUCUUACUAUCAGUCCAUUCCUUCUCGAUUUGCUAAAAUCAAGAGCACCACAGAAUAUUCAGGAAGCUAAAUCCCUUCAAGAAGUGAAGUUAGGAAGUACCAAGUGUACAAACAUAAUUCGCCAAGGCGGUCGGACUUUUUUAUGCGAAGGAAUUGGUUGA